CGGUCUUUUGAGCAAGUAGUGUGCUCGCCGCCAUCUAUAAAGACCCCCCGGUCGUCCCAUCUUCUGGUUUUUUUCAUCCCAUCCUCCUCAAUCCUUCAAUCCUCCAUAGAUCCUUCACAACCUCCGACAAUUUCCUUCCACAAUUUCCUUCCACACAUUCCUUCCACAGUUUCCUUGCACCCAAAUAAAGAACACAAUGGAAUCAUCAUCUAUUCCAAAGAGCCUCAACGGCGAGACUGGUUCUCUGGAACUGGUUUCUAGCCCGCUCUCCAGCCCCCCAUCCACCAUUCUGACGCCUGUAUUUGGGCCGAUCAAUGAAGUCAUGGAGGAUAUGAUGGACAUGGGGGAUUUCUCUGUGUCUGAUCACGAAGAUGUCACUCCCACUACAUCUAAUCUCGAAGAAGAUGUCGCUCCCACUGCAUCUAUACUCGAAGAAGAUGUCACUCCCACCACAUCUAAUCUCGAAGAUUUCGCUCCCGCCACAUCUGAUCACGAAGAUGUCGCCCCCACCGCUGAGUUCGGCAAUAAUGUGCUGGGAAAUACCACUGCAAUGGAGGUGGACACACCCGUCACUGGUUCAUCCAUCAACCAAGCUAAUCCGGAGACGCUUGCGGAUGACAACCACGGCCCAAAUAAACCUCGACCGUGCACCCAAUGUCAAACCCACAAGAAAUAUUGCGAUAGACAGAUUCCUUGUGGGUCUUGCAUCGCGAAAAAGACGCCACACCGUUGUGAGAGGGCUCCGACGACGUCGACUCGUGUACCGCAGGUAAAAGCAAAUCGAGGUAUCAAGCACAAGGCCAGUGCGGUACCCCUCGCAGGAAACCCCCACAAGCUCUUGAAGAAAGACAAUACCGAUAUCAGCAAGGAUGUUCCGAAACCGGCUACAAAACCGCCCGGAUUGCGUCUACCAGACAUCUGGUGCGAAACGCGCCAAGAGCUUUGUGAAGGGCUUCCUUACUACCGAGCUUACCAGAGCGGUGCAUACGGCCAUGAUGGCGUGGUCCAUGGGUACCUUCUGGAUGGCUGUCCGUCCGAGCGGGAGUUCAUGAGCGGCAAGGUGGUCAUGUCGCACUGCGGAGGAAAAUCAGAGGACGCCGGAAAUGGGAUGCGAAAGCUGCGACAGAACCAAACCGUGGACGACAUCAGGGUCAAAUCUCUUCUGACAAACAUGCAGAACCAGAUCCCUCUCGUCUUGUUGAUUGGGAACCAGUGCGGAGCCAGCCCGAGCCAGCUCCAUCACCGCUAUGCGGUGAUGGACUGGUUCAAAAUAACCCACGCCUGGGAGGAGCAGUGCACUCUCAGCAAGUUCACGAGGUGGAGGUUCCGCUUCGAGAAACUUGAUUUCUCGACCGAUGGCUGGUGGGCCACGGAGGUCUCGGAGAUCGAUCGAGAGGCCCAGGUCAAGGGGGCGGUCUGCCUUGUCUGUAAACAAGAGUCCCCACAAGUCUAUGCACAAGGGUGGAUGUGCAUGAAUUCCCUAUGUCCACUGUGGUGGAAGAUGGAUGGUGUGAGUCCUCCACCAGUCAAUCUAGUCUAUGACUAUGAUUUCCUCAAUGCCCGGACCCCUUGGGAUGAAGGGUCCGAGGUUCCUCCUUCACCCCUCAAGCCUGUCAUGGACGUGGACGACGACGGGGCUUUGGCGCUUGAUGACGUCUCUCGUAAGUGCUGGAAGGGCCUUUGCUGUACGAAAUGCGGCCGUCUGAGCUGCAGGGAGUUCUGGGACUGCUGGAAAUGUGCGAACUGCGGCGACCGGGUCUACCCGCAGCGGAGACCCAUCUUCACACCGACACAACUCGCGGACCCCCACCGCGUCAUCUACACCGGCCCCGCCGUUCCACAGAACAGCGCUGGAGACGGUAUCGCAUAUUCCCGUGUGGUGAAGGAAGGCUUCACCAUCAUGCAGUACGAGCUCCCGGGUUGCGGGACCGUUACUCACAUGCUUGCCAAUAAGGCAACGAACGGGAGAUUUCAGGACGCGGACUGGCUGCUGUCCGAGUACCAGCAAGCGAACCUCCCUUUCCGUAGGUACACCAUGCAGACUGUGUCCGGGUUGACGAGGACUGCCCAUUUCACGUACAACGUCGGCGCCCAGUACAACUACGUGGCGAACCAACCGACCGUCACUUUCGAGGAGGCCCACCCCGUUGUACGGAGAGCUCGCGAACUCCUCACUCUGAGGGUUCAGAUGCUCUACCCUGAUGUGGAGUUUAACGAGGUUCUCAAUGUGGGGUACAUUGAGAACCAGAAGAUGAACUUUCAUCAGGACGGUGAGAAGGGCCUCGGGCCGACAGUCGCAUCCAUUUCGCUAGGGUGUCCGGCCAUCAUGGAGUUUCGCAUCAAGGCGAAAAACUCGAAGCGAGGGCGGAGGGAGCAUAGGUCUCCCAGCGAAAAGGAAGACGACGACGAAGCUGUGGCCAAGGCCGCUGAAGAGAGGUGCGAAAAGAAGCGGGCGCGCCUGUCUUUGAAACUCAAUCACGGAGACAUCGUGAUCAUGCACGGCGCGAGGAUACAGACCAUAUGGGAGCACGCGGCCAUUCCUACCGGGCGUUUCAGGAUUGCGGCCACCGCGAGAUACAUUUCGGAGGAGAAUUCUAAGAAGCCGCGCCCCAAGCCAACCAUUAAGGCUGAACCUUCCGCGUCCGAAGAGGACCUCGACAUGUCGUUGAUCCCCGAGAUUGGCACGACCACCGAUGCCUCCGAUUGAGCAUCACGAAACUUUCGGUUUUCUAUUUUUUUCCGAGUCGACAUGAUACGCACAGUUCGCUCAUUCUGAGUCAGAACUUUACUUGAUUCGAUGACUAUUCUUUCUACUACUAUUUACUUUUACUUGGGGAUUACAACGGAGUUCGGGGAUACGGGAUUGGCUUGCUUUUUACUGGUUUGCGAGGGAUGCGGGAUUGGCGUUGCUUGAUCUUAUUGAUUUGAGAUGGAUGCGGGAUUGGCUUGCUUGCUUCUUACUGAUUUGAGAGCGAUGCGGGAAUAAUUUGCUUUGACGAUUUGCAUUUUGCCUUAUUUUUUUCUUCUUCUACGAUUUGCUUCUGCUUUUACGAGAACAACGAGGGGGAAAAGGGGGAUUGUUAGAGAUGAUCAUGAUGAGAUGUUUUUUCUUUCUUUUACUACCUGGACACGACGAUAGCAGGUUCGGGUUCAGGUUCAUGAGCAGCUGGAUG